AUGGGAGACAGAAGACUGGAGAAUUCAUUUGUCUCCAUAGAGGGGUCAUCCUCCAGAAAGAAUGAUCCAGAGAGCAGUCUUUGCCUAGCAAGGAAAGCUCCAAAGAACAGCAGCCUGGUCUCCACUUCUGCCUCUUCUGAAGCUGCCCCUGAGCAGACAACCAGGAGGAAGAGGGGUCAGAAGACAAGGAAGACAAGGAAAUUGGUAGAUGAAAAGGCAGCUACCCAGGAGAGCAGCCCUCUCACCUCCACUUCAGCCUUCUCAGAAGCUGUCUCAGAGCUGAAGUUCUGGAGGAGAAAGGGACAGAAGAGGAACAUAUGGACUGUGGAUCAUGUUGAGGGAACAAAACUCAGGAUGAACAAGAGAAGAAGACCCAGUUACCGUCCUGAGGACCAAGAAGCCUUCUACCGACUUUUGGAGGAUCCUGUUAUCCAGAGCUUCUUGGAAGCAGACAUUUUCCUGAAGGUGUCUGAUAAGUACCUGCUGUCCAUGGUGGUGGAGUACUUUGGCCGCGUCGGGCUGCCUGGACACCUCUACAACAGGAUCCACUUCUUCCUGGCCCUCUACAUUGCUUCCGACAUGGAAGAGGACAACCCCACAUCCAAGAGAAGCAUCUUCCAGUUCCUGUUGGGCAAGGAGCACUGGCCAGAGCUCUAUAAGGAGUUCCUGAAGCUGAAGGUCGAGUUCUUUCAUGCUAUGGGGCACCGAGCCUGGGUCACUCCAGAGUUAUGUGAGGAGAUCCAGGCCCAGAAUCCACACCACUGGGUCUGGAGCCGGGUGCGCCAGUGUGCCCCCUAG